AGAUCAACGUCGUCAACUGAUAUGCGUCUCUCUCGAGUCUUUGCAUUUCUUGCCACAUCCCUGGCCCUUGCGCCCCAGGCCCAUGCGGGUCCAAUUGCAUAUGGUAUCUGCCAAACUGGCUGUAAUGGUAUGGCCGUUGCUUGUUAUGCGGCGGCCGGAUUCACGUUUGGAACGGUCAUCGCAGCGCCUGCUGCACCUGCAGCCAUUCUUGCUUGUAAUGCAGCGCUGGGGACCUGUUCCACUGCAUGUGCGACUGUAGCCCUUUUGGCCCCGACUCCAUGAAGAAUUGCAUGACAUUGAGGGUAUAGUAAGGUACAAAGUUCGUUGAGCAAUGAAGAUACUACAUAUGUACCGUUCUAUGAUAUAUCCGAGUCUGAGUGUACACUGAGAAAGACAGGAAAAGCCUGUCUGAGUCACUAGCAUCUGUCAUUAUCAUUAUCGUCAUUACCAGCCCUCUGAGCCCGCGCCCACAGAGCUGUU